AUGAGGGUUCGCCACUUUUCCUUCCUUCGCCUCUUCCUUCUGCUGAGUCUCUUGGUGUACCAUCUCCCCGUCCAGAAACAGAGGCAUAGAUCCAUCCCCUCAUGGAAGUACCCCGAUGAAGGGGAUGACCAUCCCCCCCAGAACGCCUUCUCUCAUAUGGCCAAUCAGGUGAAAGGGAUAUGCGACUUUUCAAGAGGCCCUCUAAAUGUAUCCACCACAGAAAAUGAAAUAGUGCCUUUGUUGGUUCAAGCGGAGCUCCAUGCAGGUAGUGCCCCUUUAAGUGAUGCCCAUACGGACGAGCCAGUACAACGCUGCGUACAAUUUACUAAAGGAAUGGAAGUACUCACUUUCGUCUGCCCGAAGAGGAACACAGAAGAUUACAUCGGAGUAGAAAUAAGACCGAUGGAAUGCUUUGAAAAAGUCCGGAUGCAUAACGGGAAUAAGAAAAAAUUAAAUAAUGUGUUAAAAGGAGUCCAACUGGAAAAUAUAGAUACGGACUCUUUAAGCAUCAGGAAGGUUUUUAUUCCACCGACCAUUUACCGAAAUAUUAUUUUUGAGUGCACAUGUGAUAAUAGCUUGAGUUUUUGGAAUAACAAAAUGGGGACCAGGGGUAUCAUGCGGGUUCAUCUCAGAAAGAACAUCGUCUUUGGUUGCGACUUCGAUCACAGAGGAGGUAGAGAAAAUAUACUUGAGGUAGAGGGAGAGCUACCUGCGGUAGAUGAAGCUAACAGAAACACAACGGGUGAUUGGGCCUUCUGGCGGAAUGCUGGUCCUAGUGCAGAAGAACUAGCGGAGAGAAACAAAACGGCCUUCUCUCAAUUUUACACCUCAGAAGAAGUAAACGAUGCCAAGGAUAAAGGAAUUAUUUGUAACGUCAAAAUAACAAAGAGGGAAGUGUACUUGGGGUUGGUAUGCCCCUCUGGUUAUGAGAUGUACCCAUCUAAUUGUUUCGAUAGAGUGUUGUACAAAGAUAGCAUUGUCAGGAUGAGUGAGUUGAUUAAACACCAUGUUACGUUUCAUAUGGAUAGCAACAGGAGGAUGUCUUUUGCAACUUUUUCUCUUGACAGAAAUGAAAACCCCCCUGGAUUCACUUGCCUCUGUGUUCGCAUGGAUAUCCCGGAGGCGCCUCCCUUGCAGGCAAACUUUGUGUACCACAAUUACGAAUCCUUUGGCUUUCACUUCCGUUUGCUCUACGUGUUAGUGGUAAUCCUACUACUGGUGCUGUGUCUGUGA